UUUUGAAAAUGGUAAAGUUUUCCAAUCAUCAUGUACAAAAAUAUAGAAUGGAAACAAAUGAUUCAUAAUGCGAACUCCGAUUAAUUUGUGAUUAAGGCAUAGUUGUUGUAUGUACAUAAACAAUUCGUGAAGCCAUAAAUUACUGUGAGUAAUUUAACUUCAGGUGAGGAUCUCAGAAUUGCUAUCUGCAGGUUUUAAUUCUUCUGUUAUGAUCUUACCCACCAGAGAGCUCAGUUCCAAAAACAUCUCUAAAAAUUUUUCUUUAAAGGCUCAUAUCCUCCACAGAUACUGUCAACUCGACCAAAUGAGUUACGACAACUCGGCGAAGAGUAGAUGGAGAGAGAAUUUUUGCAUAUGCUUUGCAAGAAUCUCAACUAAAUGCUUUAUAGGGAAGAAAGUAAACAAGUUCUUUGAAGACAUACUCCAAAACGCAGAAGGCAAGCUUUGAAGUCAUCCAAGUAACCUCUCAAUUCCCACAAAGAGUGGAGUUAAAGAAACAAUAAUACGACAACCCAUGUUUCUUUGCUUCCAAUAUUAUAUUAUCUCGAAUGAUCCCAGCAAAAAAGCUACGCCUGCAAUUUUCAGGCAACACAAAUGUGCAAUCUUUUAAGCCAUUACCAAUUAUCACCCUCUUUUGCAGCCCUGCCACAUAUAAUUUCUAUUUGCUUUACCCUUUCUCCUACCCUCCUCAGAGGACAAGGAACUUAUUCCUUGUCAAGGCAUGACUUUUAUAUAUCAUUUCUCUUUCUCUCUAUCAUCUCCUUUCUCCUUCCAUCUACUACAGCCAUGGAAGACCUGAACAUGCUCGCCGCAGAUUGUGUAGUCAUAUCCUGCUGUUGCCAAUGCUUGAUAUUUCAACUACUCAUCUAUUUCUUUCUUCAACUUCCUCGCAAAAUGUUUAGGAAGACUAAAGAAUAUGCUUUGAAGAAAUUUCGGAUUCGGUAUAGAAAGAAAGGAGAGAAGGGAAUAAAAUCAUUUGAAGGUAAAUUUGAGGAUGGGUUUGUUGAACUCCAAGAAGGGUCUAUAACAAUUCAAGUAGAAGAUUUUUAUGGAAGAAAUGGUUUUGGAAGUGGUUGUAUGGAGGAAGUCGAGAGAGUAAUUGGAGAAUUUUCAAGAAAGGGAGAAUUUGCAUUUGGAAGUUUUUGGGGUAGAGGAGGAGGAUCUUCAACAUGUGUAGCUAAACAGGAAAUUGAUUUUAGACUUGUACAAUUUGAAUUAGUUGAAAUAGGUAAUAAUUCUUUUAGAUACUCAAAUUGAUCUUAGCCAAAUGAUGAGUUCUACUGAUAACUUAUAUGAACAUAAUUGGUAGCUUAGCUCCAUUUGAUUACAAAUGGGAUUUCGGUUUUCCCUGCCUAGAUGCUGGUCAAGCAAAUGUUCUUGUUUUCCUUUCUUUUCUUUCCUUUUCUUUUCUUUUUUUUUUAUUUUUUUUGGUCUAACAACAAUAUGUUACUAGUUUAGCGGCAAGUGUAUAUCUAGGGAUGGCAAUGAGACAGAAAUAUACCAGGUUUUCUAA